AUGAGAUCGCAAGGACGCAGCAAAGUUUCUGCAGAUUCCCUCCGCCGCUGCCAAGCUACUCCGGCGCUCCCCACGGCUCAAUCGAGGGUUGUUACAGUACCACUGCUGCAGAAGCUCCACGGCAAAGUGGCCAUCAUCACCGGCGGCGCCAGUGGCAUCGGAGCAUUCACUGCCCGUCACUUUGCAGACCACGGCGCCCUUGCUGUUGUCAUAGCUGACGUCCAAGAUGCCAAGGGCAAAGCAUUGGCCGCAUCUAUUGGCUCUCACCGUUGCACCUACGUUUACUGCGAUGUCACCGACGAGGACCAAGUCAAGUCGCUAGUUGACUCCACCGUAGCACAGUACGGCCAACUUGACGUCAUGUACAGCAAUGCAGGGAUAAACGGCGCGUCGGCGCAGAUGGUGCUGGAGCUCGACUUGUCUGAGUACGAUAAGGUGAUGGCUGUGAACGCGCGUGGGAUGGCGGCGUGCGUGAAGCACGCAGCGCGUGCAAUGGUGGAGAAAGGGGUGAAAGGGAGCAUAGUGUGCACCGCGAGCUUUGUUGCGGACUGCGGGACAGAGAGCUUGACGGACUACACGAUGUCCAAGCACGCGGUGCUGGGGCUGGUGAGGUCGGCGAGCGUGCAGCUGGCGCCGCGCUGUGUACGUGUGAACUGCGUGUCGCCGGGCAUGGUGGCGACACCGCUGGCAUGCAACAUAUUGAAGAUUAGUGCGGAGGAGCUGGGGGAGACAAUGACGGCAGUUUAUGCAGAAAGGGAUGAACCGCUGACGGCGAAACAUGUGGCAGAUGCCGGGGUGUUUCUGGCUUCUGAGGACUCGGCGUUCGUCACCGGCCAUAAUUUGGUAGUUGAUGGUGGACUGGGCACCAAAUCCAUUGCUGUAUUGAAACAAUUAUGAUUUUUUGUUGUUGUUGGUGACGUACACUUAGCAGUGUUCUAAUUGAUUCUCAAUUUUCAUCAA